UGUUUUGGAGAGUAUUUCAAAAACAUGUAUCUGAUUUGUCAAAUCACUUAAGCGGUGUUUGAAUGACUGAUCAACCUGCCGGCGCUUAUUCUGGUGGUCACCGACCUUCCAGCGCAUGCGCACAUCGGAUACACAAUGGAGUCGGACGUACACAGAUACAUUUGACUCCGAAUUGAGAAACCGUGACUCUGGUGGGGACUUUGUCGCCUCAGUUGGCGAAGCCGUGGAUGUUACGAGGGAACGAUCUGCAGAAUCAUCUCCAGAACCCAAAAGAAGUGGUCCUUUCAACCGCCGCAAAGACAAAAUGUCUGAGGUCGUGGUCGGGAAGCGGAAGGAAAAAUGUGAGAAUUGCACCAAACAGUGUAACAAGAAGCAAAAUGAUAAUGGGACAGACUCACACGAGGAGGCGGAAAAAGUUAAUGGACAGGCAAGCGAAGGAACACAGUUGUUGCUCAGUGCUUGUCUGUCGUGCGACGGCUGCUUGUCGGAGGAGGAGAACUUGAAGAUUUCUCAACAGAAUCUUGAGGAAGUGGAGCGAGUGUUGGCCCUCAACAAAAAGUGUGACGUGACGAAACACAAGGUUCUGGUGGCAUCCGUGUGUCCACAGUCGGUGCCGUUCUUUGCUGUCAAGUUUGGGGUGGACGUUACUGAAGCUGCCAGCAAAUUAUGUGGCUUCCUGAAGAGCUUGGGUGUACAGUUUGUGUUCGACACCACUCUGGCUGCUGGUUUCAGCAUCUUAGAGAGUCAAAAAGAGUUUAUCCAGAGAUACCGUAGGAGGCACCAUGACGCUCACGCUCUGCCCAUGUUCACCUCUUCCUGUCCAGGCUGGAUCCGCUACUCGGAGCGCGUCCUAGGCAGCCUGGUCACACCUCACAUCUGCACGGCAAGAUCUCCUCAGCAGAUCAUGGGCUGUCUGGUCAAGGACUUUUUCUCCAAACAGCAGAAGUUGAAUCCAGAGAAGGUCUACCACAUAGUGGUGGCUCCUUGCUUUGAUAAGAAGCUGGAGGCCGUCAGAGAGGAGUUUUACAAUAGCGUACUGGAAAGCCGAGAAGUGGAUUGUGUCCUCACCUCAGGGGAGAUCUACCACCUCAUGGAGCGGAGGAAGGUUUCAGUGGAGGAGCUGGACUCUUUACCAUUGGACCAAGUGCUUGGAGAGGGAGCAGACGGGGUCCUAGUGAGACACGAAGGCCGCGGUUCAGAAGGCUUCCUAGAACACAUUUUCAAGCACGCAGCCAAAGAACUGUUUGGUCUAGAUGUCCAUGAGAUCACAUAUAAGACCCUCAGGAAUCGGGACUUCCAGGAAGUGACACUGGAGCGGGACGGGGAAACGCUGCUGCAGUUUGCAGCCGUCUACGGAUUUCGGAACAUCCAGACACUAGUGCAUCGAAUGAGAAAGGGACGAGUGCCGUACCAUUUGGUGGAAGUUCUGUCCUGCCCUGGAGGCUGUUUGAGUGGCCGAGGUCAGGCAGAGAGUGAGACGACGGGACGUGUGGACAAAUCCUUGGUCCAGCAGAUGGAGGAUGCCUACUGCAGCCUUCCGGUCUCCCUCCCCGAGGUCAACCCCGCCCUGCACACCCUCUACCAAGACUGGCUUCAGGGCCAGGAGUCCACACAGGCCGGCACUCUGCUGCACACUCGGUAUAAAAGUCAAAACCAAAUCCAGCCGCCCCACAUGCAGUGGUGAGACGCCAGGGACAAGAACUCUUCCACAGAAUGCUGAGUGAAUGAGUGAAAUACACAUGACUCACACGUUUGUCUUUACCAGCUGUGUAUUGAUGCUGUCGGUUCAUGAAUUGCAAAUCUAGGUGAGGUUACUGAUUACAGCGUGAAAUCCAAACCGGAGGCAGUGUUUCCACGGAACUAUGCAACAGUGGGAUGUCUGAUCAUUGAUCGUCACUAAAACAACAGCUGCUGUUCCCAUCCAUGAUGAUGAUGAUGAUGAUGAUGAUGAAAUUGGUGUUUUCUUUUUACAAUUUUUUUAAAUGGUACAUAUUUGUAUCAUCUCCAUGUCAUGUAAGUCCCUAUCUGGAAAGAAAACUGUGACGACUCAUUUUAAGUAUGUUUUAUCAUGUUGAACACAGUGAGAACAUACAUGUAGUACAUGGAUUCUGGAGAGCUGGAGUUUGUGGUUUAAUCUCUUCCCUAUGACGCAGACAUUUCAAAGAAUGAUACUGCUUUUGAAUCUUAUUUGGCUUUUAGCCAAAUGAUCAGAACAUACGAUUCUACAAGCAUCUUCUAUAUUAAUUCAUUAUAACAAAGUAACUAAAGAUAGAAACGUGAGUGAACACGUGAAGGACCAAACAAGGAAGCAAAACUGUCAUCAAUUGAAUGAAAAAUAAUUGAUAGGAAU